CGCCUCGAAGUGACGUCAGCCCGUCGACGCGGGGCUUUUCUUUAGCCGAGUCCCGCUAACUCCGCUACGGUGUUUCUGCGUCUUUGGCCAGGAUGUCCCUUGGCUAAAAGGGCGGUCGUCGCGGACCGACGCGGUUAGCAGGGCUGAGUGCUGCGGCCGGCCGCCUUCACCUGCCUCCGGGCUUUUCCUCCCGGCUUAUCCACUUUAGGGGCGCCUCGGAGUGGCGGAGGCCCCCGGAGAAGAGCUGGGUUGCGGGGUCCGCUCCGGGCUCGGAUGGGAAGUGGCGGGAGGAGCGACCCGGGAUGUUCAGUCUGAUGGCCACUUGCUGCGGCUGGUUCAAGCGGUGGCGGGAGCCCGUCAGCGUCUCACUCUGUUGCCCAGGUUGGAGUGCACGUGGUGCGGUUUCGUUUCACUGCAACCUCCGCCUCCCGGGUUCAAGCGAUUCUUGCAGAAAGGUGACUCUUGUGAUGCUGGGACUUGAUAAUGCUGGUAAAACCGCAACGGCAAAGGGAAUCCAAGGAGAAUGCCCUGAAGAUGUAGGUCCUACUGUUGGAUUUUCAAAAAUUAACCUUAGACAAGGAAAGUUUGAAGUCACCAUCUUUGACUUGGGAGGUGGAAAAAGAAUUCGGGGAAUCUGGAAGAAUUACUUCGCUGAAUCCUUUGGGGUAAUAUUUGUUGUGGAUUCAAGUGAUGAAGAGAGAAUGGAAGAGACAAAAGAGGCUAUGUCAGAAGUGCUGAGACAUCCUAGGAUAUCGGGAAAGCCUGUAUUGGUGUUGGCAAAUAAACAAGAUAAAGAAGGAGCUUUAGGAGAAGCUGAUGUUAUUGAAUGUCUAUCUCUGGAAAAAUUGGUCAAUGAGCACAAGUGCCUGUGUCAGAUAGAACCAUGUUCAGCAAUCUUGGGGUAUGGAAAGAAAAUUGACAAGUCCAUUAAAAAAGGUCUUUAUUGGCUGCUACAUGUCAUUGCAAGAGACUUUGAUGCCUUAAAUGAACGCAUCCAAAAAGAUACAGCAGAACAGCGUGCUCUUGAGGAACAAGGGAGACGAGAAAGAGCUGAACGAGUACGAAAGUUACGAGAAGAAAGAAAACAAAAUCAACAAGAGCAAGCUGAGCUCGAUGGAACCAGUGGUCGGGCUGAGUUGGACCCAGAACCAAUGAAUCCUUUCCAGCCAAUAGCAUCUGUAAUCAUCGAGAAUGAAAGAAAACUUGAAAAAGAGAAAAAAAAGCAAAAAAUGGAGACAGACAGUGAUGGGUGCCCCCUGAAACCGAAAAUGGAGCCUGAGCAAAUGGAGACACAAGGCCAGGUUAAUGACAGUGGCCAAAAAAAUAAUGAAUUUGGACUACUAGAAAAUUAUAAGGAAUCAUUAACACAGCAGUUAGAGAAUGAAGAUGAGACAGACCAGCCAUCAUUAGAAUCAGCUAACGGUAAAAAGAAAACUAAGAAACUAAGAAUGAAAAGGAACCACCGGGUAGAACCACUUAAUAUAGAUGACGGUGCUCCUGAGAGUCCAACGCCACCCCCACCUCCUCCUCCUGUUGGCUGGGGAACCCCUAAAGUCACUAGACUUCCAAAACUUGAGCCUCUUGGUGAAACACGUCAUAAUGAUUUCUAUGGGAAACCGCUGCCUCCCCUGGCUGUGCCACAGCGACCUAACAGUGACGCUCACGACGUGAUCUCAUAAACAAGUCAUAUUGGCAAGGUGAACUGGGACAUUCUUCUUUCUCAGAAGAAGAAACAAACAUCUUGAAUACUGAUAACUGGGGCAAGAUAACCAUAGUGAUUUUAGUGAGAAAAUUAAUACUCAAGGACCUGACUUGAUAAUUACUUCUUUGUGUUUUUCAUGGUUAAAAAAGAAAGGAAGCACAAUGACCAGUACAUAAAAUCAGCAUUUGGACCAAAUUAGCAAGAUUGGUAUUGACUGGUGUACACAUCCCCACUCAUGAGCAUACUUCUGAAGGAAACAUUAGAAAAGAGCCAGUGGACUCUGCACUUUCUUUAUUAUUUAAUAGUCUGUAUUUCUAGAUAUUAAGUGUUUUUAAAAAGAUACAUGCACAUAGAAGGGGAAGUUCUGGGAAUUUAUACCCAAAAUUUAAAAACUUUUUAUAUUUUUUUAAACUUUAAAAAUUUUAAUUACUGCGAUAUUGAUUAUAUACCUUUUUAAUAGAUGACUUGUUUAAAUUGUGUCUGAAAAACAGUGUGGAUUUACUUUCAGACAUGAACUAUACAAACAGGAUAUAUUUAUGUGGCUUGAGGUAUGUUUUGUAAUUCUUUAAGUGUACAUCCUAAUUUGACCUGAUUUAAAAAUAAUAUAUUUUUCAAAUAGUAGAUUCUCAGAUCUUUAUUCUACCAAUUAUAUGAUUUGAAAACAGUACUCAGUGAGAGAGACUGGAAAUACCUUUUUUACCUAAAUGUUUUUGAAAUUAAUCAAAAUACAUUCUGUGACAUAUUAUUAAAAUAUCUCGGGGCCAGGCAUGGUGGCUCAUGCCUGUAAUCCCAGUACUUAGGGAGUCUGAGGCGGGCAGAUCACCUGAGGUUGGGAGUUCGAGACCAGCCUGACCAACACGGUGAAACUCUGUCUCUAGUAGCAAUACAAAAAUUAGCCGGGCAUGGUGGUGCAUGCCUGUAAUUCCAGCCACUUGGGAGGCUGAGGCAGGAGAAUCACUUGAACCCGGGAGGCAGAGGUGCGGUGAACUGAUAUUGUGCCAUUGCACUCCAGCCUGGGCAACAGCAGCAAACUCUGCCUCAAAAAAAAUCUCAAAGUCCUAUUUUAAAGGUUAGACACCUUCAGGGAUCAGGUGCUGCCUGUUACUCCCUUAUUCUGUCAGAAGCUGCAGUUACUCUUUAGGUGAUUCUGACUCUUCAUGCCUUGAAAUUAACAGCAGAAAGACUGAAAAACCUACUGCAGGCCCGGAGACUUGUGUUUUACAGCUAGAAAAUAGCUUGGGUACUAAAGCAAUGAGAAUAAAAAUGUGGGCUCAGAUCACUUAAGAAAUGAUUCCGAAAUAAUUUCUUAAGAUGAUAGUAGUGCUCUUGCACUUAAAAGUGGCUAAGAUUAUGUAUUUGGCAUUUAGUCAGUCUUCUACAUGUAUAUUUUGAAUAAUAGAUUCUUAAUGUUGCAUUUAAUUGAAAACAAAACUUUAUAUCCCGGUGAAAAUACUGUAACAAUGAUUUCUGUAUCACCUUGUUAAGAUUGGUGCUUUUCGUAACUUGUACUGACACAGUAAACAUGUUAGUAUCUGACAGUAACAUUAAGUACCUUUUAUGCUGUUUAAUAUAAUUAUUUACUUAAAAAUUUUACUUCAGAGCAUCAGAUUUUAUUCAGAUUUUUUAACUCACUGAACUUCAAUAAUCAGGUCACCUAUAGUCAGCAUUGUAUGUAUUCUUGGAGUUUGUACAUGGGACUUAUCAACCACACUGAAUUAAAAGAAUUUGCCUUCAUAUCUGUAAUUCAUACAUUUGUAAACUUGAGAGGUGGACGACACGUGAUGAAAAGCAACACAAAAAGACAAUGUAAAUUUUGAAAAGGAUUUGAGAGAGAAAAUUGUACAACUUUUUGUAACAUUUACUCAAUUUUAAACUCAUACUUUUGCCAUCUUUUUAAUAUUUACUUUGGGAGUAUAUGUGUCUUUAAAUUUUUGUUUUCUGUCUCUGUUUACUAUAAUGUGGCUACUGACUUCAUUAAAUAAAAAUAAAUUAUUUUGAAAUUAAAUAUAUUAUAAAAUAGAAUUCAUGUUUUAUAUACCUCUCUCAAAAAAUUAAGUUUUUUUUUCCUUAAGCUUUUUAAAAACACUUUAAAAUGUUUUGUAAAUCCAGGUAUAUUUUUAACAAUGAAAUGCCUAUUUUAUUAUAUGUCACAGUUUUAUUCUGAAUUUUGACAUUUUCACAUAAUAAAAAUAAUUUAUAUCAA